AUGUCACCGUCAGUCGCCCCUAAAACUGUUAUUAUUGCUAAUUUUCAUCGUUCUGCUUUAUUUUACGACGCUACCUUUCCCCGCCAGUUAUACACCGCAAGUAUUGAAUUCCUGGAUGGGAUUGAACUGCGCACAGACUCCUUGAAGCAGGUGCAGAAACUUCGACAACAUUCGUCCUACUCAGCCUUCCUUGGCAAGUGGAGUCUCCCUGUUUAUUUUCAACUGAGCACCAUUGGCCCUUUUGCCCAUACCCACCCAUUCCAUCAGGGGGAAUAUCCGCUUCCCACUGAAGCGGAUGAAAGGAAAAUAGUCUGGUGAUUCCAAAAGUCCACGCAAGUUGUCCUAGAAGCCCUACGAACACCGUGGAAGGAGGCGGAGUCCGGAUCUUUC